AUUUUUUUUUUGAAAAAUGAAACACGCAUUGCUAGAUUUAACUUCGGUUAAUUGGAUCUACUCAAUCGAAGUUACUUAUAAAACUGUAUCAAAUACAAAGUUUUUUCUUUAUACAAUUUCAUUUAAAUCAAAUAAUUAUACGUAAUUUGUGCCAGAUUUGGCAGGCUGUAAACUUUAUACGGGCAAUUGACACUUUGUUGAUUGAAAAAAAUAACCGAAUAAAAAAAACUGAACUUAAUCAAAUGAGAAGCGUAUGCGAGGCCCAUUUCUUGAUAAAUCAAGUCAUACGUGAUGUCUUAUGUAAUAAAGAGGCUUACUUACGCAAGCUAAAUUUUCGGCAUGGAAAUCGAAAUUUUACACCGGUAAUGAAAUGUCACUAAAUCAACCUAUAUCAAAUCAUCUAAUAAAAUCAAAUUUUUAAUUAAGUUUCUAUCGAAUGCGCUGUUAUGGUAAAAAAUGGUAUUUCUAUGGAUAGAAGAAAUCCGAUCAACAAAAUGCAAAAAAUGUUUGAAUUUAUAAUUAGAAAGUCACACCACCACAUAAAAUCAUACAUUAUUCAGCAGAUCUAUUUAUAGAGAGCGGUGGCACAACGUCACCUUGACAUUCAUUUUGGACAGCCAUUAUCGCUAUCAUUCACCAAAUUUAGGUAUAACCCGGAUGCAGCUUGUUGGAUGGCAUACCGUAUUAGAUUGACCAAUCUGUCAGUUCGAUAACCAAAUUUGAAUCUGUAUAAAAGACCAACAUAAGCCAAUGUAAGUCAGUCGUACUCGGGAAGCUAAGCAAGUAGAUUAAGCCAGCGAAUUGUACGUUAAAUAAAGAUGGUGUUGAAAUAAUAAAAGUUAGAUCAUUAGAUUUAUUCAGACCGUUUGUUAAUAUUAUUUUUUGUGAAAAGAAAUAACAUGUGAAAAGUUUCACGUUGUUACGAUACCAUAAAGGCAUGGCUCCCAUACAAAAAUCAACAUUUUUGCAGAUUUUUGUGUAAAAAAUUGAAAAGUAUUUUAAAAAUUAUUCGUAUCUCAAAGUUAACAUCUAAUUUGGUUUUCCGGUCCCUCACUUUACACUGAUCAGCCAAUGUCGCUCAAAAUUUGACCAGAUGUACUCCUCGCAGUCCCCAUCCCAAGUAAGUUCAGAAUAUCUUUUCUGUGAGAUGGGCUAUGGUGCAAAAUAUAAAAAUUUUGCGGAUACGCCGGACAUCACACACAGCGAGUAACAUUAAUAUGCCUCAAAAUCGCUUCUAAUCGUGUUUUCUACAUGAAAUAUGCAUAGAAAACAUGUUUUGGACCCCAAAAUUUGGGGUGACUUUAAUUUUUUGGACUAAUACAAUACCUUUCCUACACUAGGUGUGGAUGAAAAGUAAUCAAUGAUACUGCUUCUUUUUUUAUCUUAUCGUUCAAGGUUUAAUGAAUAGUAAAUAUUGAAUCAUAAAAAUCAUAGAUUUGGGCCAAGUUAGUUUUGUUAUUUAUUUCUAUGUCAAAGCGAAAAUUUCCAUUAGUUUUGUCAUAGACCUAGAAAGUAAACUAAGUGCGUAUAAAUAGUGCUUAAUCUGAAUCACUUUAUGUGAACGGGGUCAAAAACUCAAAUUCUCUAAACGUAAAUGUGAACGAAAAGAUGAACGUGAUAAACAAAGGAACUGCAAGUAUACCCCAUCCGUAUGAAAAUGCAUCGACUUUUAAACGCUGGUCAUUUUGGUGGUUAAAGGAUUUGUUUAAAUUGGGCUUAAACAAAUCUCUUGAUGCAAAUGACAUUUAUGCAAAUUUGAAAUCAAAUGACUCUGUUAAACUAACGCAAAACUGCAUUGAAUGCUGGGAAGAGGAGACAAAUCAUGGAAAAAGAAAUCCACGAAUCAAAAAUAUCAUCUGGAAACUAUACAUGUCAAAAUUCAUCGGUAUUAGUUUUAUUUACUCUAUGAUCGAUAUGUUUCUUAGAAUAACGCAGUCUUUUGCUCUUGGAGGUUUGGUGACUCACUUUUCGAACUCAAACACCGAAUCAAACACAAUGGCAGUUUGGUAUGCCUUUGCACUGAUUAUGUGUGCAUUUACAUCGAGUUCUCUCACAAAUCCAUUUCAAAUGUACGCAUUUCAAAAAGGCAUGCAAAUGCGCGUUACUUUCGCAUCGAUGAUCUAUAAUAAGGUCAUUAAAAUGAAAAAAUCAUCAUCGAUCAAUCUUCUAAAUGGAACAGUUAUAAAUUUACUGGAAUACGACACAUAUCGAUUUGAUUAUGUAUUUAUGUUGCUUCAUUAUUUGUGGAAAGGACCGAUUGAAGUGAUUUUCUUUGGAUUUGUGCUCUACAGUGAGAUUGGCUACUAUGGCUUAAUAGGGGUUGUUUUCAUUUUAUGCUGGAUUCCAUUUCAAGCAAUAAUGGGGGAAAUGAUGGCGAAAUAUCGGUAUAAUUUUGUAAAACAAAGUGAUUCUCGGAUUUGUUUUUUGAACGAAAUUAUCCAAGGUAUAGAAACGAUCAAAAUGUAUGCAUGGGAAACGCCGUUGGUCAAUAUUAUUGAACACAUCAGAAAGAAAGAGCUGAAUGCAAUGCGCUGGAUCUUCAUCAUUCGUAGCAUUCAAUGUACUUUUUGGGUAAUUUCGCGACUUUCAGUAUUUUUAACUCUGGCUUCGUACGUUCUGUUCGGAAACAUUUUCACGCCGCGUCAGGUGUUUGUGGUGACAAAAUGCUUUAAUUUUCUGUACGAUUCAAUGCUUCUUUCAUGGUCGGUAGCCAUGACAUACACUGGUGAAUGUCUCGUGUCAAUCAAGCGUAUUGAAGAAUUCCUUCUUCUUCCAGAGGGAAAACCAACAGAAAGCGACGGAAUAAUAAAUUUCGGUUUUUGUCCAGAUAACAAAACAUUUUCACCAAAAGUACUCCCACGAAAAAUUGUGAAUUUUAGCGAAACUACACAAAAUAAAUGUAUUUCAUUUAAAAAUGUAACCGCUGAAUGGGGCAGUGAAAAUCAAAUAAAAGACAUCACUUUUCAAAUAAAUUCAAAUGAAUUGGUCACAGUCACCGGUCCGGUUGCCUCGGGAAAGUCGACGAUUUUGAACGUCAUUUUACGAGAACUUGAAAUUAGUAGCGGGGAAAUUACGGUGAAUGGAGUGGUUAGCUAUGCAUCACAAGAACCUUGGCUUUUUGAUGGAACUUUACGUCAAAAUAUCCUAUUUACCGAACCGUACAAUCAAGAGCGAUACCAUGAAGUGGUUCGAAUAUGUGGCCUAGAACAAGAUAUACAGCUAAUGAGCGCUGGAGAUUUGACAAUGGUAGGUGAAUCGGGGACGUGUCUGAGUGGUGGACAAAAAGCACGAAUUUCAUUGGCAAGGGCAAUUUAUCGGCAAGCAGAUAUUUAUUUAUUGGAUGAUCCAUUGUCAGCUAUUGAUGCUGUAGUUGGAAAACACAUUUUUAAUCAUUGCAUCAAAGGAUUUUUGCACGAUAAAAUUCGCGUUCUGAUCACACAUCAGGAACAAUUCAUAAAAGCAUCGAAUCGCACCAUUUUUAUGAAUGACGGAAAAAUUAAAUAUCAAAAACAACAUUCGAUUAAUAAAAAUGAGGAAAACCCAACGAAGACGAAACAAAAGAAAAUGAUUUUGAAAAAGACUAGCAAUUCAUCAAUCAUCGAAAAAGCAUAUGCCGAACAGCUAAAUUGCCGAAAAGAACAUCAAUCAACGGGAGCGGUCAAUAGAAACAUCUACAAAUCAUAUUUACAGUCUGCCGAAAGCUCAAUUCUUUGGGCUGUUGUUAUAGCCAUGUUCAUCAUUGGGCAACUUUCAGUCAGUGCUAUCGAUGUUUUUAUUUCGAAAUGGGUAGACUGGGAAGUUGAAUUGACUACUCAAAAUAUUUCAUCAACCGAUAGUGCUAUCAAUGUUGGAAAUGCAUCCAUUGAAAGUGAUCGUGAAAAUUAUCUUUACGUUUACACCUUUUUAAGUGUAAUCGUUAUAUAUUUAGUGUUUCAACAAGCGAUGUCUAUUUACAUGCUUUGUCUAAGGGCAUCGCGUCGAAUCCAUGACAAAAUGUUACACGCUGUUGUUCAAGCCCAAAUGUAUUUUUUCAAUGUGAACCCUUCGGGACGAAUUAUCAAUCGAUUUUCCAAAGAUCUUUACGGGACGGAUUACUCUUUGGCAACGAUUUUAUAUGAUUUGAUAAAGUACUUUCUUCAAUGCACAAUGUCAUUGAUUCUGGUGUCGAAGACAAACAUUUGGCUAGUGGUGGUUACAUUUGUACUAAGUUUAGCAUUUUACGCUAUUCGACGCAUAUACAUUUCUUCAGCUCGAUGUUUUAGGCGUAUUGAUGCACUUGGAAGAAGUGCAAUCAUAAACCAUACAAACGCAACAAUCAAUGGCUUGAAUACGAUUCAUGCAACGAAAUCGGAAUUUACUUUGAUCAACGAAUUCAAUUCCCUUCUAGAUCAAAAUACCAGCGUUAGUUAUAUAUACAAAGCGUCGACACAGGCGAUCACUUUUUGGUUGGAACUUGUUAAUGUGUUCUAUAUGACCGCCGCAAUUGUGAUAUUUAUGGUGUUUGAAAAAGAAAUCAGUGGAGGAAAUGUUGGAUUAGCCAUCACACAAAUAUUGGGCUUAAUAUCGUUAGGACAAAUGGGUGUGAAACAAACGGCUGAAUUGGAAAAUAAUAUGAUUUCAUUCGAACGAAUCAAAGAAUAUACAGAUUUGAAAGCAGAAAACAAUAAAAUCCAUGAAUCGAAUAAUGAACUAGAUGAAGAUUGGCCAAAAAGUGGUUCGAUUGAAUUUGACAAUGUGUCGUUGAAGUACUCGGAAAAUGGUAGUCAAAUGCUGAACAAUUUGAGUUUGAAAAUUAAAGCCGGUGAAAAAAUUGCCAUUUGCGGUCGAACGGGUGCUGGCAAAAGUUCCAUAAUAAAAGCAUUAUUCCGAAUGGCGUACAGUACGGGCCGUGUCAGCAUUGAUUCGGUUGACAUUUCAAAAAUUCCAUUAAAUAGACUGCGUUCAAACCUCUCUGUUAUACCACAAGAAUUGAUUCUAUUCUCUGGAACGAUUCGACAGAAUUUGGAUCCAUUUAAUCAGCAUUCGGAUGAUGAACUUUGGAAUGCACUUGAUCAGAUUAAUUUAAAGCGCACAAUCUCAGCAUUUUCGAAUGGAUUAUACACUAAAGUUCAGGACGAUGAGUGCAACUUCAAUGCCGGACAACGACCAUUGAUCUGUUUGGCACGCGCUAUUUUGAGAAAAAACAAAAUUUUAAUUUUUGACGAGGCAACUAAGGGCCUUGAUAGUACUUUCGAAAAUGCACUGCAGAAAUUAAUACGUAAACACUUUGAUGAUUGUACGGUGUUAACAAUUGGACAUCGACUUCACACAAUUAUGGAUAGCGAUCGAAUUCUUGUCAUGGAUGCUGGCCAUGCCGUUGAGUUCGAUCAUGCACAUUGUUUACUUCAAAAUGAAAAUGGAUUCUUGACGAAACUUAUCAACGAAACGGGAACUGAACAUUCUCAACAUUUGAGAGAUAUUGCGUUGAAAAGUUAUAAAAAGAAAUGUAUGGAUAAAUGAAUGACCUUUUGUAUGUUAAAUAAAUCAGAAUUAAAAGAAA